GGUACUAUGAUUUAUAUAAUUUUUGGUAGAAUGAAGCAUGGUUGUGGAAAAUAAUAUUGGUUAUCUGGAUAAUAUUAUGAAGGAUAUUGGGCAGAAAAUGUAUUUUAAGGAAGAGGUAGAUUAGUUAAAGCAGAUGGAAACAUAUAUGAGGGAGAAUUUCAAAAUAAUAAUAUUUAAGGAAAUGUUAUAAUUAUAUUAAUAUUUAGGGAACUUUUUAUAGCGUUGAUGGUGUUAAGUAUGUUGGUUAAUUGGAAAAUAAUGUAAAAAAUGGUUAUGGAACUGAAAAAUGGUUAGAUGGAUCUAUAUAUGAGGGUUAUUAUAAAAAUGGCUAAAAAAAUGGGUAAGGAACAUUUAAAUGGUCUGAUGGGUCAAUUUACAACGGUGAAUUUGUUGAUGAUAAUUUUGAAGGAGAAGGAGAAUUUAAAUGGGAAGAUGGAAGAAGUUAUAUAGGAUAAUGGAAAAACAAUUAAAUGGACGGUUAAGGAGUAAAUUGAUUUUAUUAUAUUAGAUUUUCAAAUGGCCAAAUAAUUAAAGAUAUCUAGGAUCUUAUAAAAAUGGAAUUAAAGAAGGUUUUGGUUAAUUUGAAUGGCCAGAUGGUAGAGUAAGCAUUAUAUUUUAUUAAAGAUAUACAAAGGAGAAUGGGCAAAUAAUAAACAACAUGGAUAAGGAAUCUAUUUAGGAUCUAAUGGAAUAGAAAAAGUAGGGGAAUGGUUUGAAGGUAAACUUCUUCAUUGGGGUAAGAUUAAAAAUAAUAUUUUCUGA